AACAGAAACAGAACAAGAAACAUGGCAGAUGGCACUUCUACCGGUCAUUCCUUCUUCUUUUUUCCCCUCUCUCGCCUUUCACACACACAUUUGACAUUUCAAAGAGCUUUCUUUCUCCAACCAAAACAACAUUACAUCUUUCUCUAUCUCUAUACAGCAUAUUACGUUUUUAUAUAUCUUUCUUUCUCUUUAUCACAUCAUUUAAAUUUAUCAUCUGCAGAGUGUAAUCAACAAUAGUUGAUUUCAAAGAGGGAUUUUUAUACAAAUGCUAAACAUUAACAAGCCAAGAAGUCAGCCAAGGCCUACGAGGUCUUAUGCUUUAGGAGGCGUAGAUCAUACAGAGCCAAUCAAGAAGAAAGGAUUUGUAAGAAAGAUUGCCUUGGCUUCAUGCCUUGUAGUAUUAUGCAUCUUUAUGCUCAAACAAUCCCCUACUUUUAGAAGCCCUAGUCCAUUCUCACGGCAUGAGCCAGGGGUGACCCAUGUCUUAGUAACAGGAGGUGCUGGCUAUAUUGGUUCUCAUGCUGCCCUACGACUUCUUAAAGACUCUUACCGCGUAACAGUUGUGGACAAUCUUUCUCGUGGAAACAUAGGAGCUAUUAAAGUUCUUCAGGACCUGUUUCCCGAACCAGGGAGACUUCAGUUCAUUUAUGCUGAUUUGGGAGACGCAAAAGCUGUGAACAAAAUAUUUUCUCAAAAUGCAUUUGAUGCAGUAAUGCACUUUGCAGCGGUUGCAUAUGUUGGGGAGAGUACCCUUGAUCCACUAAAGUAUUAUCACAAUAUUACAUCAAAUACCUUGGUGGUACUCGAGGCGAUGGCAGCACACAAUGUUAAGACCCUGAUAUACUCUAGCACAUGUGCUACAUAUGGAGAGCCAGAAAAGAUGCCAAUUACAGAAGAAACUCCUCAGCACCCAAUCAAUCCAUAUGGCAAAGCCAAAAAGAUGUCGGAAGAUAUUAUUCAGGAUUUCCAUAAAAACUCAGACAUGGCUGUCAUGAUUUUAAGAUAUUUCAAUGUGAUUGGCUCGGAUCCAGAUGGAAGAUUAGGAGAAGCACCAAGACCAGAAUUACGUGAGCAUGGAAGAAUAUCGGGUGCAUGCUUUGAUGCAGCCCGUGGGAUUACCAAUGGACUAAAGGUUCGAGGAACAGACUAUAAAACUCCAGAUGGAACUUGCAUACGGGACUACAUUGAUGUUACCGAUCUAGUUGAUGCUCAUGUUAAAGCCCUUGAGAAUGCAAAACCCGGGAAAGUUGGAAUAUAUAAUGUUGGCACAGGGAAAGGUAGAUCAGUUAAAGAGUUUGUUGAAGCUUGUAAAAAGGCAACAGGGGUAUCCAUCAAAGUAGACUACUUGCCACGUAGGCCAGGUGACUAUGCCGAGGUGUUCAGUGACCCGACAAAGAUACUGCAUGAACUCAAGUGGUCGGCACAAUUUACCGACCUAGAAAAGAGUUUGCAGGUUGCAUGGAAAUGGCAGAAGUCACAUCAUAAUGGUUACGGGCCAAUAAAAGCAACAUUUUAACUUCUACUACGGGCUUUGGCAGAUGAUUACUUGGCGGUGGUGGAAGAUCAUAGAUCUACUUAAUUUUGGCCUGGUUUCAUAGUUAGAUUUAUUAUGAAAAUAGGGGUUAAGGUUUAGGGUAAUUUAUAUAAUUUUUUCCACAUAUUUAUCAUAUAUGAUUAUUCUUACAUGGAGUCAUGGGGAUGGAGGUGUACCCAUCAAUUACAUGUAUUAGGAAACUUACUCUAACAGAUUUCAAAAA